AUGCAACGCUGCAGCUACAAGCCCGUCGCGCUAGGAGUCAGCUUUCAAGCCACCGCGCUGCUCUCUCGCAGCAGGCCCAAUAAACGCCAAACGCUGAGGGUGUCUCUUGUCGUCAGGUUUCCUUUGACCAGGCCCGAUCUGUGCAAGAAAUGGGAGGCGGCGGUGAAAAGGAAAAACUUCAAGCCCACCAAGUACAGCAGCAUCUGCUCGGAGCAUUUCACGCCCGACUGCUUCAAGCGGGAGUGCAACAACAAGCUGCUGAAGGAGAAUGCCGUGCCCACUAUAUUCUGUUACACUGAGCCCAGUGAAAAGCCUGAGGAAUUUUCAGAGCAGCCAGAGGAUCCACUUCCACCACCGCCACCACCGCCGCCUCCACCGCCUCCACCUCCACCACCGCCACCUGCAGCUCCCAUGCUACCACCAUCUCCAUCAACUCCUUCUUUUCAUUUAUCUCAGAUAGAUGCCAGAUUCGUAGAUCCAAGUAUCGGUUUAUUGAUGCCUCCUCUCCAAACACCUAGCAAUCUUGCUGUUUUUUGUGAUCACAAUUAUACCGUAGAGGAUACAGUUCAUCAGCGAAAAAGAAUUCAGCAGCUAGAGGAACAAGUUGAAAAACUGCGAAAGAAGCUCAAGACGGCGCAACAGCGAUGCCGACGUCAGGAGAGACAAAUUGAAAAACUGAGAGAGAUUGUUCAGUUUCAGAAAGAAAAAGACAUCCUAGCAGGAAAAGGCUAUGUGAUUCUGCCCAAUGACUAUUUUGAAGUUGUAGAAGUACCUGCAUAAAAGUCAUGAGCUUCCAUUUCCACUUUGCUAGGCUAAGAAGUUUAGUUUAAAAACUCAAUGCUCUCUAAUUCUGUGUGUGAGACUCUUCCAGAAUUCUAAAUCAGCAAAUAAGCUGAUACAUAGGAGAUCGCGUUUUUUAAUUUGUUUUCAUUUAAGUUUGAUAUGUUUUUUUAAUGUACUGAAAUUGUAAACAUCUCAGAAUUAGAAUGCACAUUUAUUUUUUGAAAUAAGAAUUGCUUUGCAGAAGGAAAGGAUGCAUGGUUAAAUACACUUAAAAUCUGUA